GUUUUAUCCUCAAAAGCCGAGCUAUCCUUAUCCCAAAACCCCUCUCGCUCCCAUUUCCGGUGUGACUCUGGCCACGAUGGCCACCCCCUCCACCUCCGCCUCCGGCCCCGCCCCCGCCCCAGCGCCGGCCUCCUCCGCCUUUCCCCUCACCGCCGCCGCGCGUUUCCUCCGCGUCUCUGCCUUCUCCAGCACGCGCGCUUUCGCCCUCGCUGAGCGGCGCCGCACUCCGCGGUGCCGGCUAUCCGAGGUGGGAGGCGGCGACCGCUCGGUAGCCGCUGGCCGCUCACCCGGCCCCCGUUCCUUCCACGGUCUCGUUCUCUCCGGCAAUGCAGAAGGAGCCAUGCAAUCUCUUAGAAGAGAGCUAAGUUCUGGGAUGCACCCUUUACGCGAAAACUUUGUGGCUUUAGUCCAUGUUUUUGCCAAGAAUGAUCUUACUACCAAGGGCAUGGAGAUUCUUGCAGCUAUGGAGAGGCAGAGCAUCAAAAGUGAAGCGGAUACUUUUCGUCCAGCAAAAAUACAAGAAGCUUUUGGCAUGAGGAGAUGCAGCAAAUCGCUGCUGCAACUUGGUACACUUCCAUGUUGCACUAUGGCAUGGUUAAGUUUUGCACAAACAGCACAGGCUAGUGAAGGAACAAAUAUAAACAUGGUUUAUGAGGUUGGGGAGCUAUUUGAGCUUGGAAUUCAGUUGUCUUAUCUUCUCAUACUACUUGGUCUUCUUGGAGCUGGUACAUUUUUUGUCAUUCGUCAAGUUCUUGUCCGUAGAGAGCUUGAUCUUUCUGCCAAAGAGUUGCAGGAACAAGUGAGAAGUGGUGAUGCAAGUGCUACUGAGUAUUUUGAGCUUGGAGCAGUCAUGCUACGGAGAAAAUUUUACCCUGCUGCUAUCAAAUAUCUACAGCAAGCAAUCCAAAAAUGGGAUAGAGAUGAGCAAGAUCUUGCACAGAUGCAAUCUCUUAGAAGAGAGCUAAGUUCUGGGAUGCACCCUUUACGCGAAAACUUUGUGGCUUUAGUCCAUGUUUUUGCCAAGAAUGAUCUUACUACCAAGGGCAUGGAGAUUCUUGCAGCUAUGGAGAGGCAGAGCAUCAAAAGUGAAGCGGAUACUUUUCGUCCAGCAAAAAUACAAGAAGCUUUUGGCAUGAGGAGAUGCAGCAAAUCGCUGCUGCAACUUGGUACACUUCCAUGUUGCACUAUGGCAUGGUUAAGUUUUGCACAAACAGCACAGGCUAGUGAAGGAACAAAUAUAAACAUGGUUUAUGAGGUUGGGGAGCUAUUUGAGCUUGGAAUUCAGUUGUCUUAUCUUCUCAUACUACUUGGUCUUCUUGGAGCUGGUACAUUUUUUGUCAUUCGUCAAGUUCUUGUCCGUAGAGAGCUUGAUCUUUCUGCCAAAGAGUUGCAGGAACAAGUGAGAAGUGGUGAUGCAAGUGCUACUGAGUAUUUUGAGCUUGGAGCAGUCAUGCUACGGAGAAAAUUUUACCCUGCUGCUAUCAAAUAUCUACAGCAAGCAAUCCAAAAAUGGGAUAGGGAUGAGCAAGAUCUUGCACAGGUAUACAAUGCCCUGGGAGUCAGCUACAAGCGAGAUAACAAACUUGACAAGUCGAUCCAGCAAUUUGAGAAGGCUGUUGAGCUUCAGCCAGGCUAUGUGACAGCUUGGAACAACCUCGGGGACGCAUAUGAGCAAAAGAAAGAUCUGAAGUCUGCGCUCAAGGCAUUCGAGGAGGUACUCCUAUUUGAUCCAAACAACACGGUCGCCAGGCCACGCCGAGAUGACCUAAAGCAGCGUGUGGGCAUGUACAAGGGAGUCCCAGUGAAGUCAGAAAAACGAUAGGUCCUGUGAGUAUGUGUUAAGGGGGGCGCGCUUGUGUGUGUUAGUGUGGUGUGCAUUUGUGCAUAAUUGUGCGCGCAACAUGUAAUUGGGGAAAAGUAGAAAAGCAGUAGGCUCAGAUCUCAAAUUUGUGCAAAAUCUUUGUUUCCUCAAUUUUGAACGGUAGUAUAUGUUUUAAUUAGCAACGGCUAGCUGCGUAGGAUAACUAAGGAUGUACAUGGUUGACAAGCCUAACAUUAUUACUACGUUCAUUUAUCAACAAUCGCAUGGAUUUAAGAGUUUGCACAAGACAA